AAGUGAAGGUGGGUGAGUGAUGAUGGGAAGCGAAGAAGUGAAAUUGGUGAAUUUUUGGGUUAGUCCAUUUGGGAAAAGAGUUGAAUGGGCCUUGAAACUGAAGGGAAUUCAAUAUGAAUACAUUGAAGAAGAUAUCUUCAACAAAAGUAAUCUCCUUCUGGAGUUGAACCCCAUUCACAAGAAGGUUCCGGUUCUGAUCCAUCGCAACAAACCCAUUGCUGAGUCUUUCAUCAUCGUUGAAUACAUUGAUGAAACUUGGAAUCACUGUCCGUUGUUACCUCCCCAUCCUCAUCAAAGAGCUCUUGCUCGCUUUUGGGCUACUACUGUUGAACAAAAGCUUGGGAAGGCUGGGUGGGUUGCAAUGUCUGCCAGCGGGGAUGAACAGGAAAAGGCUGUGAAAGAAGCCACAGAAAUGAUGGAGAAGAUAGAAGAAGAGAUUAAGGGGAAGAAAUUCUUUGGAGGCGACAAUAUUGGGUACCUUGACAUUGCACUUGGAUGGAUCUCUUACUUGCUUCCUGUUUGGGAAGAAGUUGGGUCCAUGCAGAUAAUAGACCCACUGAAAUAUCCAAGCACCACUGCAUGGAUGACCAAUUUUCUCAACCAUCCUGUGAUCAAGGACACCUUACCCCCUAGAGAUAAGAUGCUUGUUUACUACCACAGUCGCAAAAACACAUGGCCUUCUUCUAUCUUUCAGAACUUGGUCAAGCUUUUGGAAGCAGCAUGGAUUGCAAUGUGUACCAAAGGGGAUGUACAGAAAAAGCUUCUGAAGGAAGCCUCAGAAAUGCUGGAGAAGAUAGAAGAAGAGAUUAAGGGGAAGAAAUUCUUUGGAGGGGACAAUAUUGGGUACCUUGACGUUGCACUUGGAUGGAUCUCUUACUGGCUUCCUGUUUGGGAGGAAGUUGGGUCUACGCAAAUAAUGGAUCCAGUGAAGUGUCCAGCCAUCAUUGCAUGGAUGAACAAUUUUCUCAACCACCCUGUGAUCAAAGACACAUUGCCCCCUAGAGACAAGAUGCUUGUUUACUUCAACAAUCGCAGAGAGGCAUUAUCUUCAACUUUUCAGGACAGGUUCAAAGUUUAGAUCUAUGUUUCCUAAGGUGCAUGUGGUAGGCAGUCCAAUAUAUUGGAUUGGCCAAGUUUAAUAAGAAUUAGGUUAGGCCCUACAAAGGUUUUACUUUUGAGAGAGUAAUUUCUGUUAAUAAAAACCUUCUGGAUAGGGAGGAGGGAAUUAUACUAGGUUUGUAUGCUGGCUUCUUUCUUCCAUUACAAACAACUUCAGGAUUUAACACUUCGCUUGUAUUAUAUUUGUCAUUAUGGUACUAUGCUAAUAUACCAAAUU